GACUACAGACUGAGGAAGUGAAAGUAAACUUCUGCCGCUCCUGUCGGUGUCGAUCGCUUCACUUCGGGCGCGGGAAGAACUUCUGCAGACGCUGGUACCAGGAGCAGAGGGACAUCUGUCCGUGCAGCUGUCCCGAGUCAUGAACUCCUCUCUGUCCGAGCUGCUGAGGGACGCGCAGAGGAGGCAGCAGCAGCAGCAGGAUGGACCGGGACUGGCCCCGCAGAGACCCCGCCGGAGCCGCGCUGACUCCGGGACCGAGGGGAGCGCUCGGUGCCGCAGACACGACGGCCCGCGGGAUGUUUACUGCUGCACCGACGAGGAGAUCAUCUGUGUGGUGUGCGCUUUACAAGAGCACCGAGGACACCGGAUCGGCUGCGUGGGAGAGGAGCGGAGGAGGAAACAGGAGGAGCUGAAGAAGAUCCAGUUGAAGUCCAAACAGAUUCGGCUCAAACGAAAGAGGAAAUGUAGAAACCUGAAGAAGAUCAUGGAACAGAUUCCGGAGGAGGCGAGACAAACGGCGGACUACUGUGAAGCCGUGCUGGUCAGUGUCAUUGACUCGCUGCAGAGACAUUACCUCUCAGUGAGGGAUCUGAUUGGCGCUCAGGGGGAGGCGGCGGCGGCUCGGGUUCACGUCUCCAUGCAGACCCUGGAGGCCGAGAUGGAGGAGAUGGAGAAGCGGGAUGAAGAGCUGGGUCGUCUUGCGCGGACGGACGGUGAUGUCUGUUUCCUGCAGAAAUGGCCGUCACUGCAGCGUCUCAUUGAAGAUGAGCACCUCCACCCUUUGGACGAGGCCUCAGAGGACCCACUCCUCCCCUUCAAGUUCACAAGAAGAGCUGUCAAGCGGAUCGGGAGGCAGAUGGAGGAAUUUUGCAACAAGGAAUUUUCCUUGAUUUCUGACAAUGGUGACAGAGGAGAGCAACAGGAAUCAGCGGAGGAGACAGAGGAGACAGAGGAGACAGAGGAGACAGAGGAGAUUGACAAUGAGCAAGAACAUGAAGCCAGUGUCUCACAGUUCCACAAUUCCUCAGGAGGUGACAGCUCUCUGACAGAACCGGCCGAGGAGCCGACAACCAGACCAGAGUUUCUCCACUAUGCAUGUGAGCUCACCCUGGACCCCACCACAGCUCAUGAGGACCUGGUCGUGUCUGUGGGAGGCAAAGAGGUGAAGCUGAACACUCAGAUAUUAAGGAGCUCGGUUCCACCGAUCCGUCACCCGAAGAGGUUUAUCCACCGGCGGCAGGUGCUGUGCAGGGAGGGACUGCAGGCCGAGCGCUGCUACUAUGAAAUCGAGGUGGAAGGCGACAAGCUGGAGAUCGCCCUCGUCUACAAAGGCAUGGAAAGAAAAUCGCGCACAAAGCUGUCGGCCUUUGGGGGAACUGCGAUCUCCUGGAGCCUUGAUCGAAGCGCAUACUACUCAGUGAGUCACAACAGCGAUAGCGUUCAGCUCACAAGGUGCCCCGGUCACCACAGGAUCGGGGUUUAUCUGAAGUUCAAGGAGGGCACUCUGUCAUUCUACGAGGUGUCGGACAGUAUGAUCUUUCUUUACAAGGUGGAGUCCGAAUUCACGGAGCCGCUGUAUCCAGGCUUCUGGCUCGGAGAGAAAUGUUCCAUCAGGAUCUGUGACUUGACACAGGACAGAUGAUGAAGGAUUCAGAGGUUUAUAAACACCCAGCGCCAGUUUCUGGGAAGAUCAUAUCUCAGUUUCCUUGUGUAAAACUAGUAUGAAUUAUUUAUUUUUUGAUUUAUUCCUUUUGUUACAACUAUGUGCUUUUCAACACAUUGUUUAGAAUGUCUGUCUGUUACUGGUAGAUUAAUAUAUCUACCAGUAACAAGCUGUUCAACACAUGAACAGCUUGUGGCUUCCUGACACUUGGCUCUAUCCAGUUGCUUUGGGGCAAAUUACCAAAUAUUCUAUUUCUCUGUUUUUCAUAAGGGAACAUUUAGGUGAAAGUAUAUAUAUAAGUGAAAUUUAUUAUCUUUAUUUUAUUUUAUUGAAUUUUAUUUACAUUUCACAAUGUUAAAGAAAGUGAAAAGAAAAAAUACUGGAUCUUAACCCAAAGUGAAUGGGUUACUUAGGUCAUGCCCCACCCCUCACAAAAAUGUCAUGGAAUUCAGUUGAGUGUGUUUCAUGUAAUCCUGCAAACAAACAAACAAAAAAUAAAACAAUAUAACCUUGUUGGUGACAGUUACCAGAAAAAUUCACAUA